GCCUCAGCCUCCGGAGUAGCUGGGAUUACAGGCGCGCGCCACCACGCUCGGCUAAUUUUUGUAUUUGUUUAGUAGAGACGGGGGUUUCACCAUGUUGGCCAGGCUGGUCUCGAACGCCUGACCUCAGGCGAUGUACCCGCCUGGGCCUCCCAAAGUGCUGAGAUUACAGGCGUGAGACACCGCGCCCGGCCGGAAAGUGGCUAUUUUAAGAAGAUUGAGAACAUGUUUCGUUGGGUCGCAUUAUUCUGCGUGACGAGGCUCACAGAGGAGAACCCCACCCUUACUCCAAAGGCCUUUGAAAGCAGCUCUGGAAAGGGCAGGGUUUGCUUCUCCCUCUGCCCAACGUCUCCCCAGGCUGCCUGUGCCACCUUCCGGUCUCACCUCCUCGGAGUUGGGGUCAAACGCGGAGCUCCAGUUUCUCAGCCCCUCCUGGAGCUCAAUGAUGUCCACCACGCCGUCCCCAUUGCAAUCCAGGUCUUCGAAGAGGAUCCCGUAGCGUAAGUAGUCAUCGCCAUCCUGGCAGGCCACCGCCUCCAGCACGAAGCCCUGCAUCCAGAGCAGCAUGGCUGGGUCCAGAGGCUGCGGGGACCACUCGGCCACCCAGCCAGCACCGCGGCACUCGUCGCCGCCUCCUCGACGCCUGGCUGCGCAAAGCAGGGGGUCCCGGCCGUCCGCCAGCUUCUGCAACUGUCUAGCGGAGCCGCCGCAGUUCGGAGCCCACGCGGGCCAAGCCGCCCGCGCCUGCGGGCUCUUGGGCGCCACGGAGAGGCUGCGCCACCUUGUGGGACCUCUGGCCGAGGCGCCACGCGACAGUUGAGACGCCAGAUGUGAGCUGAGGUGCCAGACGUGAGUUGAGGUGCCAGACGUGGCGGCGUUGGGUACCCAGGACCCUCGGACGGGUCUGCUGCGGCUUGCUGGGGGUCCACUCCAGACCCUGUUUGCCUGGGUAUCACCAGUGGAGUUUGCAGAACAGCGAAGAUUGCUGCUUGCUCCUUCCUCCAGAAGCUUCUUCCCACAGUGGCAUCAACCUGAUUGAUGUCAGCCGGAACUCUCCUGCAUGAGGUGUCUGGCGACCCCUGAUGGGAAGUCUCACCCAGUCAAGAAGCACGGGAUUGGAAGGGGGACCUCCUUAUGGAGGCAGACUGACUGUCCCUUAGCAGAGCUGGUGCACUGUACUGGAGGAAUAACCCUCCUUGGGAUCAGCUGGUCUCUUCAGAGCCAGCAGGCUGGAAAGAUUAAGUCUGCUGAACCUCGGACCAUGGCCGCCGCUCCCCCGAGGUGCUCUGUCCCAGGGAGAUAAGAGUUCUGUCUGUAAGCCCCUGACUGUAGCUACUGGAAUUCCUGCAGGGAUGCCCUCCCGGUGAGGAGGGAUGGCUUCGGGUCCCACCUAGGAAGCAGUCUGGCCACGAUCUGCAACAGCCACUUUGCUGCGUUGUGGGGAAUUCCACCCAGUCCAAACCUCCUCGUCUCCUUAGCACUGUCAGGGGAAAACCUCCAACUAAAGCCUCAGUAAUGACGGUCGCCCCUCCCCCUGGGAACUGAGUUGUCCCAGGCGGACUCCAGACUGCUGUGCCGGCAGCGGGGAUUUCAAGCCAGUGGGUCUUAGCUUGCGGGGUUUCCGUGGGAGUGGGACCCUCUGAGCGAGACCACUUGGCUCCCUGGCUACAGCCCCCUUUCCACAGAAGUGGACAUUUCUCCUGCCUCACUGGAGUUCCAGGUGCUGCUGGAGUAUGUAAAAACUCCUGCAGCUCAGUGCCUGCCCAAACAGCCGCCGACGGGAGCAGCUGUCAUUGGUCUGCCCAGUUUUGUAUUUGAGACCCAGGGCACUGGUGGUUGUAGGCUCCCGAGGGGAUCUGCUGAUCUGUGGAUUGCAAAAAUCUGUGGGAAAAGCUUAGUACCCUUGGUGGGUAGCACUGUCCCUCACCACUUCCCUUGGCUGGGGAGGGAGGUCCCCCUGCCCUGUGCAGUUCCUGGGUGAAGCAAUACCCUGCUUCUUCUCGCUCUCUGUGGGUCAUGCCGACCAUCUAGUCAGUCCCAGUGAGAUGAACUGGGUAUCUCAGUUGGAAAUGCAGAAAUCACCCACCUUCCUCGUUCCUCUCGCUGGCAGCUGCAGACCAGAGCUGCUUCUAGUCGGCCGUCUUGGCCCCUCCCCGCCGAGAAAUGAGGUACAGGGGAGAGAAACACCUACUUGGAAAGCACCGAAACAACUGAAUUGGAAAAUGUGGAAAGGGGAUUGGGGGAGGGGACUCUUUCUGAGAUCCGGCUCCAGUACUAACAGCAAAGGGACCUUGGGCAAGUUACAGACUCUCUGUGCCUUGGUUUUGUCAUCAGCAAAACAGAAUCAUCCCAUAAACUGUAAGGUCCAUGGUAUCAGAGGGUCCCCAGUCUGACUGCACAUCUAAGUCAUGUUAACAAACACAUUCCAGGCCCCAACUGAGCACACUGAAUCAGAAUCCAUGCAAGGAGGACAAUGAACUUGUAUUUGCACUGACCUUCCAGGUGUUUCUUACUCUGAUCAACUUGGGGGUAGGAACCAUUGAGCUGCAUCACAUCAUUCCAAAGCCCAAACACAGAAGCAGAACAAGAAUAUAUUCAAUGCAUUCUCUAAAGUGGAGAAAACUGUUGAGGGAACCUAGAAGUGAAGGAAACCUGGCUUGCUGGGCUCCAUCUUAACUUUAUCCUGACUACGGCAGAGACAGGAGCACUUUGGGACACAUGCCUGAGGUAGUGACAGUCCAGCAUUGAAACAGUGGAAGCCCUAGUUUCAAAUUCAAGCUUGCUUUGAGUAGAAAUUAAGUUUACAUCUUUUUGCAUAGCAACAGGGCCAGUUUUCUCCAAGCUGCUCAAUUUACAAGAAAAGGAAUCAUACUGCUAAGAAUUCAAACUUCAGCAGACAUGGGUAAACAAGGAACUCUUACAAAUCUAUUCUAGCAACCUAACAAGAAACCAGAAAUUUAGCAAGUUCUUUCGCGCUCAGGACACUUGUGUUCACUAGAUCAGAGGCACUGAGACAUGAAGAAAAGACCCGCUAAAAAGGGAAAGCCUUCCUUCCUGCCCUAGGACACCCCUGCCAACUUCAGGGAGGUGGGAACCCAGCUGCGCUCUCUACAGUAUGGGUUACUUUUGUGUCUGGAAGGUGUCUGACAUCCUGAGACCUGGACCCAUUUCAAGGAGCUUUGGGAAGAGCCCAGAUCACUGAUGGAAUUGGACAGUGCGUGGAAAUGGUUCAGCAGGACGAGGUCCCUGGCUCUACCUCUUCUGCCACAAACGUCAGCAUGGUGGUAUGUGCCGACCCUUUGUCCAGCGAGAGGGCAGAGAUGAACAUCCUAGAAAUCAACCAGGAAUUGCGCUCCCAGCUGGCAGAGAGCAAUCAGCAGUUCCGAGACCUCAAAGAGAAAUUCCUUAUAACUCAAGCUACUGCCUACUCCCUGGCCAACCAGCUGAAGAAAUACAAGUGUGAAGAGUACAAAGACAUCAUAGACUCUGUGCUGAGGGAUGAACUGCAGUCCAUGGAGAAGCUGGCAGAGAAGCUCAGGCAAGCUGAGGAGCUCAGGCAGUAUAAAGCCCUGGUUCACUCUCAGGCAAAAGAGCUGACCCAGUUAUGGGAGAAGUUACGGGAAGGGAGAGAUGCCUCCCGCUGGCUGAACAAGCUCCUCACUCCUGAUGACCCUGACAAGUCCCAGGGUCAGGACCUCCGAGAGCGGCUGGCUGAGGGGCACAGGCUGGCAGAGCACCUUGUUCACAAGCUGAGCCCAGAAAAUGAUGAAGAUGAAGAUGAGGAUGAAGACGACAAAGACGAGGAGGUUGAGAAAGUACAGGAAUCACCUGCCCCCAGGGAGGUGCAGAAGACUGAAGAAAAGGAAGUCCCUCAGGACUCACUGGAGGAAUGUGCUGUCACUUGUUCAAAUAGUCACAACCCUUCUAACUCCAACCAGCCUCACAGGAGCACCAAAAUCACAUUUGAGGAACACGAAGUUGACUCUGCUCUGGUUGUAGAGAGUGAACACCCUCAUGAUGAAGAGGAGGAAGCUCUAAACAUUCUCCCAGAAAAUCAAAAUGAUCAUGAGGAGGAGGAGGGGAAAGCGCCAGUGCCCCCCAGGAACCGACAAUCACUUGAACCAGGUGAACUGACCAACCUCAGGGAUUUCCCGAUCUCACCUGUGGUCUCCCAUGUGGCUAAUCCAGGACACCAUGACAAGUCCAACUCUUACCGGCAUCGUGAAGUCUCUUUCUUGGCAUUGGAUGAACAGAAAGUUUGCUCCGCUCAAGAUGUUGCCAGGGAUUACUCCAAUCCCAAAUGGGAUGAAACCCCACUUGGCUUCCUCGAAAAGCAAAAUGAUCUUGAAGAGGUGAAAGGACAAGAAACAGUUGCUCCCAGGCUCAGCAGGGGACCGCUGAGAGUGGACAAGCAUGAAAUCCCCCAGGAGUCACUGGAUGGAUGUUGCUUGACUCCUUCCAUCCUUCCUGACCUGACUCCCUCCUACCACCCUUAUUGGAGCACUUUGUACUCUUUUGAAGACAAGCAAGUCAGCUGGGCUCUUGUAGACAAAAUUAAAAAGGAUCAAGAGGAGAUAGAAGACCAAAGCCCACCAUGCCCCAGGCUCAGCCAGGAGCUGCCACAGGUGAAGGAGCAGGAAGUCCCAGAGGACUCUGUGAAUGAAGUUUACUUGACUCCCUCAGUUCACCAUGACGUGUCUGACUGCCACCAGCCUUAUAGCAGCACCUUGUCCUCAUUGGAGGAUCAGCUUGCCUGCUCUGCUCUGGAUGUAGCCUCCCCCACCGAGGCGGCCUGUCCCCAAGGGACUUGGAGUGGAGACUUGAGCCACCACCGGUCAGAGGUGCAAGUUUCACAGGCACAGCUGGAACCAAGCACCCUGGUGCCCAAUUGUCUGCGACUACAGCUGGAUCAAGGGUUCCACUGUGGGAACGGCUUGCCCCAGCAGGGCCUUUCCUCCACCACCUGCAGCUUCUCAGCCAAUGCUGAUUCUGGGAACCAAUGGCCCUUCCAAGAGCUGGUUUUAGAGCCCUCUCUGGGGAUGAAGAACCCUCCCCAGCUGGAAGAUGAUGCACUUGAAGGCUCAGCAAGCAACACACAAGGGCGUCAAGUCACUGGCCGGAUUCGUGCCUCCCUUGUCCUGAUACUGAAGACCAUCAGAAGAAGACUCCCCUUCAGCAAGUGGAGACUGGCAUUCAGAUUCGCUGGCCUGCAUGCUGAGAGCGCAGAGAUACCAAAUACUGCUGGAAGGAUGCAAAGGAUGAUAGGAUGAAAGAAUGUCACAGAAAGCAGCUUUUCCACUUGAUUAAAAAAACUAAAACAGCAAAGCAAGUUCAAGUCCAAACACAAUACUGCAGGGGUCCUUCACUGAGGAUUGAAUUUCAGACACAGAAUACUCUUGAUGACUUCAAGCCACUAUGCUCCUUUGAUUUGAGAAGCCACAUUCCAUCCCCCUCCAAUUGUGAUCAAUACCUAGGGAGACCAAUGCCCAGAUGGACAAAUAGCAUUGACCGGCGUUAGUCCUGUUUCUCAAUUCCCAUCGUGUAGAGAACAGGAGUCCGCAGCUGCUGGCAGGAGACAGCAUGUCAGCCGGGACUCUGCCAGGGCAGAGUAUGAGCAAUGCCAUGUUCUUGCUGAAAACGCUUAGCCUGAGUUUCAUAGGCGGUAACCCUCAGAUAACUGCAGACUGUAGAACAUUGAACAGGACAACUGACCUGUCUCCUUCAAACAGUCCAUGUCACCACCAAGAACACAACAAAAAGGAGAAGAGACAUUUUGAGUUCAAAAAGAGUAAAAAGCCUAUGCAGCUUAUGCUUUUUUAGUCAUUUUGAACCCAAAACAUCUCCUCAUCUUUUUGUUGUUGUCAUUGAUGGUGGUGACAUGGACUUGUUUGUGGAGGACGGGUCAGCUGUCUGGCUCAAUGGUCUACAUUCUGAAGUUAUCUGAAAGUGUCGUCAUGAUUAAAUUCAGCCUAAACAUUUUGCCAGGAACUCUGCAGAGUCCAUGCUGUGAGCUUCCUACCUCAGCCCAUCUGCAGGCAGAGAAGGCCCAGUGUGUCCAUCCCCAAUGCGGUGAUACUAGGAUGGUCACUUGGUCAAGGAGGGGUCUAGGAGCUCUGUCCCUUGUAAAGACAUCUUAUUUGUAAGUAAUUUGGAAAGUGGUUUGAAAUAGUAUAAAUAUCCUGUAUUCUAAUGAUCUUCUUCAGAACAUUUUAUCACCAAUUAAUCACCCCGCCUGUGUCAGUUAUUAUAUUUAUGUUUGUACAUUGAAAAUUGUCUAUCUCAAAAUCUUACCUUAUACUUGCUUUUGCUGGCAUUCUUCGUAAAAAAGAUUAUUCCCUGCCCAAAUUUUAACUUUCAUCCAAAAUUAAUUUUAAUUUCUUUUUGCUGGCAUUCUGUUGUGAAAAAGAAUAUUCUCUGCCCUAAUUAUAACUUUCAUCCAAAAUUAAUUUUAGUCCAUCAGUUAAAAUUUUAAGUUUUAAAUCUGUUUAAUUAAAACAUUUCUUGCCUCUCA